AUGACGAGCUCCCAGACGAACCUACAGAUGAUCAGUUCGACGCGCCCAACCCAUCUGGCUCUUUAA